AAAUGAACAGCAGUUUUCUUUUCCUUUUCUUUCCUCUUUUUUUUUGUGAAGCAGAGAAAAAGCUGAAUCUUCUUCACUCGCACUUUUUGCGAUUUUCUCUCCAAAAUUCCUCAGUAAAUUGAAAUCUCUCAAGCAGUAUCCAUUGUUACUUGGAGAUAUAUGCGCUUUAUCCCUUUUCACUUCCACGGCAUUUUUGACUCUAGUCUUACCUCUUUUCUCUCAUUUCUGGAGUUUACAGAACCAGAAGUUUCUUCUGUCUGGUGAAUUUUCUCUGUCUGAGAUCUAUUUCCAAGCAAAAUCGAACUUUCUUUGAGAAUCUGAAGUCUUCCCUUGAAGGCGGUACUCGCAGGCUUCGUAUUUCUGUUGAGCAUCUAAUUUUGGAAGGAAAAUGUCCCAAAAGGUUACACCAUCCAUGCAAUCACUUAAAUCUUUGCCAGCAGACUAUAGAUUUGAUGGUUCACCAGUCUCUGAAAAUUCUUCCGGCGCAAGUAUUGGCUUGAUCAAUCCGAGUAUUCCAAGAAAAGGUGGCUUAAGGAAUGGGGUUACUCAAAAUGAUACUGCCUCUGGGGAUAGUGAGGAUUCACCUUAUAACGGGCACGGUGUUUCUGUAGAAGAGCAGUCUUUAACAGAUGAUGUGGAUUCUGGUGCUGCUACAAUGGCCUUGCCUCAGAGUGAUGAACGUAGGUGGAGCGACACUAGUGCAUAUGCUCGAAAGAAGAUACUGCAAUCUUGGAUUCAACUUCCAAAUGGUAACUGGGAGCUUGGGAAGAUACUGACAAGUUCAGGGGAGGAGUCUGUUAUUUCUCUGCCUGAGGGAAAAGUUUUAAAAGUUAUAUCAGAGACUCUAGUACCUGCAAAUCCUGAUAUUCUUGAUGGAGUGGACGAUCUAAUGCAACUAAGUUACUUAAAUGAGCCAUCAGUGUUGUACAACCUCAACUAUAGGUACAACCAAGACAUGAUAUAUACAAAAGCAGGGCCAGUUUUGGUGGCUGUGAAUCCUUUCAAGGAGGUUCCUUUAUACGGAAAUCGCUACAUUGAAGCAUACAGGAAGAGAUCAAAUGAGAGUCCUCAUGUGUAUGCAAUUGCAGAUACAGCAAUUCGAGAAAUGAUACGCGAUGAAGUUAACCAAUCUAUCAUUAUCAGCGGCGAGAGUGGAGCAGGGAAAACGGAGACAGCUAAGAUAGCUAUGCAAUACUUGGCUGCUCUUGGAGGUGGAAGCGGAAUCGAAUAUGAGAUACUUAAGACUAAUCCCAUCUUGGAAGCAUUUGGAAAUGCGAAAACAUUGAGAAAUGAUAACUCUAGUCGUUUUGGGAAGCUGAUAGAGAUUCAUUUUAGUGAAAGCGGAAAGAUAUCGGGUGCUCAAGUUCAAACCUUUUUACUAGAAAAGGGGAAAGGUCAUAUCAUAUAUUUUAUCAACUUUGUGCUGGGGCUUCACCUGCACUUAGAGGAAGCUCUGGACAUUGUUCAUGUUAGUAAAGAAGAUCAAGAAAGUGUAUUCGCAAUGCUUGCUGCAGUAUUAUGGCUGGGGAAUGUUUCCUUCACCGUUAUUGACAAUGAAAACCAUGUUGAACCUGUAGAAGAUGAAAGUUUGUCAACUGUUGCUAAAUUGAUUGGGUGCGACAUCAACGAGCUUAAGCUAAGUUUAUCGAAACGGAACAUGAGAGUUGGAAAGGAUACCAUUGUGCAGAAGCUAACACUACCGCAGGCCAUUGAUGCAAGAGAUGCUUUAGCAAAAUCAGUUUAUUCGUGCCUGUUUGACUGGCUAGUUGAACAGAUCAACAAAUCUCUUGCAGUGGGAAAGAGGCGAACCGGCAGAUCCAUCAGCAUUCUUGAUAUCUACGGCUUCGAAUCUUUUGAUAAAAAUAGCUUUGAGCAGUUCUGUAUAAAUUAUGCAAAUGAGAGACUGCAGCAACACUUUAACCGGCAUCUAUUCAAGCUGGAGCAAGAGGAAUAUAUCCAGGAUGGCAUUGACUGGACAAGGGUUGAUUUUGAGGACAACCAAGAUUGUCUUAGUCUCUUUGAAAAGAAACCAUUGGGGCUGCUCUCUCUUUUGGACGAGGAAUCUACAUUUCCGAAUGGCACAGACUUGACACUUGCGAACAAGCUAAAGCAGCAUCUACAGACUAAUUCAUGUUUCAGAGGAGAUCGAGGGAAGCUUUUCACAGUUGUGCAUUAUGCAGGAGAGGUUACAUAUGAGACAACUGGAUUUCUAGAGAAGAACAGAGACUUGUUGCAUUUGGAUUCUAUUCAACUUCUGUCCUCUUGUUCCUGCCACCUUCCUCAAGCAUUUGCUUCUAGCAUGCUGAUCCAAUCUGAAAAACCUGUUACCGGUCCUUUAUACAAAGCAGGUGGCGCUGAUUCCCAGCGGUUGAGUGUAGCUACCAAAUUUAAGAGUCAACUCUUCCAAUUGAUGCAACGUUUAGGAAACACUACCCCACAUUUCAUUCGCUGCAUAAAGCCAAAUAACGUUCAGUCACCUGGGUUGUAUGAGCAAGGGCUUGUCUUACAGCAGCUAAGAUGUUGUGGGGUCCUAGAAGUGGUUCGAAUUUCACGGUCUGGAUUCCCUACAAGAAUGUCUCAUCAGAAAUUUGCCCGAAGGUAUGGUUUUCUUCUGGUGGAGAACAUUGCUGAUAAAGAUCCUCUAAGCGUUUCAGUUGCAAUUCUCCAUCAGUUUAACAUCUUGCCAGAGAUGUAUCAAGUUGGCUACACAAAAUUGUUUUUCAGAACUGGCCAGAUUGGGGUUCUUGAAGAUACAAGGAACCGUACUCUCCAUGGCAUUUUGCGUGUCCAAAGCUCUUUUAGAGGAUACCAAGCACGUUGUCACCUGAAGGAGCUUAAAAUGGGAAUUUCUAUCCUUCAGUCAUUUGUUCGUGGAGAGAAAAUAAGAAAAGAGUUUGCCGAGUUACGAAGGAGGCAUAGAGCUGCUGCUACUAUACAAAGCCAAGUUAAAAGCAAGAUUGCUAGGCAACAGUAUAAGGGCAUAACCGAUGCAUCGGUUGUGAUACAGUCAGUAAUCCGUGGAUGGUUGGUUAGAAGAUGCUCAGGGGAUAUUGGAUGGCUAAAAUCUGGAGGCACUAAGCAAAAUGAGGCGGGAGAGGUGCUAGUGAAGGCAUCAGUACUUUCCGAGCUUCAACGCAGGGUACUUAAAGCGGAAGCUGCUCUGCGUGAGAAAGAAGAGGAGAACGACAUUCUUCAACAGAGGCUUCAACAGUAUGAGAACCGUUGGUCAGAAUACGAGACAAAGAUGAAAUCAAUGGAAGAAAUCUGGCAGAAGCAAAUGCGGUCGUUGCAGUCCAGUCUUUCCAUAGCAAAGAAGAGCCUAGCGGUCGAGGACUCGGCGAGAAACUCAGACGCAUCGGUCAAUGCGAGCGACGCAACGGAUUGGGAUUCAAGCAGUAACAACUUCAGAAGCCAAAUGAGCAAUGGAGGAGGGUCGAGACAACAACCUAUGAGCGCAGGUCUGAGCGUGAUUGGGCGGUUAGCAGAGGAAUUCGAACAGAGAGCUCAAGUGUUUGGGGAUGACGCAAAGUUCUUGGUGGAAGUGAAAUCUGGUCAGGUGGAAGCAAACUUGAACCCAGACCGAGAGCUGAGGAGGCUGAAACAGAUGUUUGAGACAUGGAAAAAAGAUUAUGGAGGGAGAUUGAGGGAAACGAAACUGAUACUGAGUAAGCUUGGUAGCGAAGAGAGCAGCGGUUCGAUGGAGAAGGUGAAGAGGAAGUGGUGGGGAAGGAGAAAUAGCACCAGGUAUUGAUAUUGAUGGAGAGGACAGGAGUAUUAUUAUUCUUCUUACAGGCAAACAUUGGUCGUUUGCUAUUUAAGGAUUUGGCGGGGUUUUUUUCUUCCUGGUAAAGAAAAGUAGUUGAUGAGGUUCUUGAGACAAAACACAUAUUUGCCUCUCAAUGUGAAAGACUGUAGUUGUAUCAUCAUACAAAUUAUAUAACUUCAGUUUGUAAAUUUCUUCUUUUGUGGAGUAGUGUUUUUAUUAUAAUAUAAUAUCCAAAGCUAAGUUUGUGGUUUUUUGCUUAAGCAACGGGUAAAAAGAGUUUUCUCC